AGCAGUAUACCCACCUUUACUAUACUAUAUGUGAUAAAUAUUUUCCAACGUUAACAAUGAUAACAAAACACAAAAAAUCAGAACAUAUUUCUAAAAGAAAGUCUCGAAAAACAAAAAUUUCCAAUUCUAUUGAUGAUUUUAGUGUACUUCCAGCUGGCUCAUCUCAAAGAAUAAUUUUAGAUUCUAGCCAUGAGUGUAUUUUGGAUUAUGAAUAA